AUGGAGGAACUCACGGCUUUUGUAUCCAAAUCUUUUGACCAGAAAGCAAGGGGCGGCGGCGGCGGCGGCGGCGGCGGCGGCGGCAAGAAGGAUUCGAUCACGUACAGGGAAGUUGAAAGCGGACUGGCGCGCUCGGAGCUGGGGAGCUCGGAGUCCAGCCUCCAGGACCUUACGGAGGGCAGCGGCCACUGCCCGGUGCAUCUGUUUAAGGACCACGUGGACAGCGACAAGGACAAACUGAAAGAGUUCGGCACGGGGAGGGCUGCGGAAGGCAUCUACGAAUGCAAGGACAAGCGCGAGGACGUCAAGUCCGAGGACGAGGACGGGCAGACGAAGCUCAAGCAGAGGCGCAGCCGCACCAACUUCACGCUGGAGCAGCUCAACGAGCUGGAGAGGCUGUUCGACGACCACUACCCCGACGCCUUCAUGCGCGAGGAGCUCAGCCAGCGCCUGGGGCUCUCGGAGGCGCGCGUGCAGGUUUGGUUCCAGAACCGGAGAGCUAAGUGCCGGAAGCAAGAGAACCAGAUGCAUAAAGGAGUUAUCCUGGGCACCGCCAGCCACCUGGACGCCUGCAGGGUGGCCCCCUACGUGAACAUGGGCGCCCUCCGAAUGCCUUUCCAACAGGUUCAGGCACAGCUUCAGCUGGAAGGCGUCGCGCACGCGCACCCGCACCUGCACCCGCACCUGGCCGCGCACGCGCCCUACCUGAUGUUCCCGCCGCCGCCCUUCGGGCUGCCCAUCGCGUCCCUGGCCGAGUCGGCCUCCGCCGCCGCCGUCGUGGCCGCCGCCGCCAAAAGCAACAAAAACUCCAGCAUCGCCGACCUGCGGCUCAAGGCGCGGAAGCACGCCGAGGCCCUGGGGCUCUGA